CGUUGACGAGACUUAUAUCCCUUGCUUCCAGCACGUGAGAGGUAUACACGUGACCAGCCCGUCACAAUCACAUCACAUUACAUCAGACAGCGGCUAUUGUGCAAGAUCAUAAGUGUAGGCUAAGGAAGGAGUAUAUAAACUGCUGUCAAUAAUAUCUACUCCAGUGGCCGCACACAAAUGCCUUCUAACAAAGAUCGCCUACACGUUGCCCUCUAUGCGCGAGGAGGCGCUCCUACCAUGCCGGGCAAGGAAGACACGUAAGUUCACUGUGUAACCACUCCUUUGGCACACAUAGAUCUGACAUUAUCCAUCUAGCUACCACUGGGCGUUGAUUGUGGGACCGAAAAUUGAAGCGGAAGGUAAAAUGGGGGUCCGGUACCACGCAAGAGAGAAGCUUAAAGCCCCGGGGGUAGUCGAAUGGGUAUUCGAGGAGCGUGAAUGCCCGCUUCUCGCCACCAGCAUGCUGCUUGUUCGAGUCAUACUCGGAAAGGUAGAGGAUGGCAAUCGACUGGUAGAAAUACUGCGCAGUACACCUAUUAGGCAAGGCCAAGCAGGAUGGAACUGUGUAUUCUGGGUAAAAGAGGCGCUCGAGACCCUGACGGCCGACGGCAAGGCCCUGGGCACGAAUGUUAUUGAGUGGGAAAAGGUACGCAGCGAGGCGAUGGCGUAUUGCCAAAGUAAGAAAGAUCAGCAUCGAUUUGAUGGCCAGGGAAACUUUGACACGACCAAAGCUCCAACCUAUGAUCUGAUUGAGAGGAAGGAGAUCAUUAUUUGAGACACGUGGCCUCAAAUACCUCCAAAGUAUUUCUGGCGAGUGCGUUCCAUUGCUAGCUCUUCGGGCAUCGGAAGAAGAAAUUUAUCGAUCUCAUUGACCCAAAAAGAAUUUUGUGGAUUGACUUGGUAAGCGGUAGUGUAUUCCCAAUACGAUGGAUACCAACCAGAAGUUUCCCAAUCAAUGAUUCCAACAAUAUCAUCCCC